AGCCUUACAGACGCUCUGAACAAACUACGCGGGGAUCUCAUCGGGCAAGCUGAGCAGGUGAUUCCCGUUGCGAUGGCUGCACCAUUGCUUUCGGCUGCGCCUGAUCCACGCCCUGGAAGCGAUGGUCCCGAAGGCAACGAGGCUUUAGGAAAGCCCUUUGGACCGCUGAGAGGCAGUCUGAAACAAGAAUUGCAGCGUGUCACGCAAGAACGAGAUGAG